UCGGAAUCAGAAAGUUGACAGAACGUUGGGAUAACAGGAUGCUGCUACAGUGGAACUCUGAGUGUGACGGUCUGAGCCAACUAAUGGAGUCCGGCUCUGAAGUGAAUCUUCCUGCUGACCCUGUAGGACAGUCUCCUGUGCACCUCGCUGCUGGUGGAGGUGAAGCCUUUUUCCUGCUUUGGCAGCUACAGACUGGGGUUGACAUCAAUCAGCAGGAUUGUUUUGGUGAAGCUCCAAUCCAUAAAGCAGCCCGAUCAGGAAGCUUGGAAUGUCUAAGUCUGCUGGUAGCCCAUUUCGCCAGAAUAGACAUAAGCAAUAAAGAGGGACAUACCCCUGAAGACCUUGCUAUGUCUGCAGGAUUUUUGGAAUGCGCAAAAUAUCUUGCAACAGUUAGACAUACCCAAUAUACAUCUUCACAAGCGCAAUCCUCACUACAGGAAAUUAAGAACCAAACUGCUGUAAUGAAGCGAGGCCAACAGUGCCUUUCAUUAGCUUACGGGAAGAGAAGGAGAUCUGAUGGCUUCAUGUAACCAGAGCAGCAGUAUGUGAUGACCCAUUUCUGCUGGGUCGUAAUAAGCUUCAACAAGGAGUUACCUCAUUUAUGUGCUUAUGUUAAGCUGAUCUAUGUCCUUUUUCAUAGGAAGAACUGUAUUUUUGUAUUUAAGAAGACCAUUUUUGUCUGGAUUA